CAAUUGCACACCCUCGACCUAAUCCAUAACCCACAAAAAGUACAGAGCCUCAUCUCAGCAUCAACCAACAGUGUGAGAUGGACAACAGUGCUGUGUACUGUCGAGCCAUCUGGCGCACGAACCGUGACAUAGGCUCUCCGCUGCUCAGGAUACUUCUAAGCACUCUCGCAUCAAUGUCAAGCAAUGUGUUUUUUGUUCCUAGUCAAAUUGACGAAUUCGUUACAGAAGCGAGGCUGAAUAUCGCUAGCUGACCCAACCCUGUAGGGAUCACUCGCUAAAGUGCAUCUACGCAGUCAUGCGAGACUGCCACUCAAGUCGGUGCUGACCGGACCCAGACAAGGCUUGUGUUGAUGAGGAAAGUGCUCUUCAGCUGCUGACAUAGGUACAAAUCCACGGUAAGAUGGCUUUCAGACAUAUGAAGUCGUCUCCGCAUGAUGCAGCGAAGCUCAAACUCCAUCUACACAGCCAGCAUAUGCUCGACAACGGGCAUCUAGCUUCGGUAUUGAUUACUUGACAAUGGGCAAAAUUUUCCUUAACCGACAGCCUCCGAGAAUGUUGGCUGAGACGCUCCGUAAACUCGCUACGAACAUUGACAACAGCGAAAUGUCAGAACAGCCAUCGAACCUUGAAGCUGAGAACUAUCUCCGGGCGUACAAGAAAUACUGCUCCGCAUUGGGUAUUGACGAAGAGAGGGGGACAACCUCGUUUGACCAGAGGCUUCGCCGGGACUAUCGAUGGCACACUGUGCAGUACUGGUUCGUGGCCUCGAUCGCAAAUGGCAUGCUGUGGUCUCAAAUCAUCAUCGGGGCCGCAAUUACAGCUUUGGGAGCUACCCAUGCCAAUGGAUCCAAGACAGCCACGAUCUACCUGGGGGCUGCCAGUACUGUGAUUGCUGGUUUCCUCACGUACUUCAAGUCCCGAAACCAGCCAAACCGUUCCCGGCAGUUCCGACAAGCACUGCGAAAGGUGCGCAACAAAAUGGAUGAAACGGCCCACGAAAUUUCCGAUUCAACCAGUCCCGAUGAAGCGCUCGAAAAAGCCAUGAACAUUCUAAAGCUGUAUGACGAGGCCCUUGCUGAAGCUGCGGCGAACUAUCCCGACUUGUGGGUUGCAGUUCAAGACAUGAAGAAAUUACUACCCGGGUCGAAGGAUACCAGUGCGGAUGCUGUAGAUGCUGUGACGAAGCCGGAGAUAGUGCCCCCGCCGAACACCUCAGACGCCAGUGGUGCACCAUCGAGCACAAAUGGUCCGUCAAAUACAGACGGGGCACCCGUAACAGUUCGAGGAAGUGGUGGUUCAACGCAGCAGCUUGCAACAAACGCAGGCUCGGGUGGUCCAGCGACCCCAGACGACAAUAUUGCAUCUCCAGGGCCAUCGAGGGAGGUUGAAAAGCAGGAUGCUUCAGUGGACAUCAUUUCAACUAGUACCGACUAGGUGUUGGAUUAUCACGUUGGCAGUGGUCCACGAUGAAAAUUGGGGCGAAAUUCGUUCAGGUCGAGCUGAUGAUUCGAAGGUGCAGCGUUUGCGCUUGCGGACCUUGGGUUAUCAUUAUGAUAUUCAGGAUUUGUCGGAUCGAUGCUGUGACAGAUUCUGUGCACUUUCAACUUGAUUUCCCAGGCAAGAGGGUGAACAUCAGACGCAUGGGAAAUAUGCAUCACGUGAUCCUAAAGUCGGUCUAAUUAUUCCUCCGGCUGCGUUCUGUCUAUUCUUUUUCUCAUCAGUCCGUUGUCUCUUGCGGCCUUAUAUUCCUACCGACACAAGACCGCGGAGCUUAAGGCCGAAAGAGAUGAACAAUCUAAUUCACGCACGGAAGGCGCCUUGUUCUCUAGCCUGUUGAUGAUUGUGCAUGAUUACAGGCAGCAACAUACUUGUUUUUGGCGGCGAUACGGAACAUGUACUAGGUCCGUAUGUAGCUGAUGCGAGAUGUUAAAGAAUGAGCACUAUUAUCAAUACAUUGUAACUCGG